GGAAGGUCCCGCAGCGUCCACAGAAAGAGAGGACAGGAUGGAGGAUAGAGGGAUGCUGUAGGGAUGCUACACACCAGAGGGAAGGAUGCACUUUAUGGCAGUCUUCAGUCUCUGACAGCCAAAGAAAAUGUAGCUUUCCAUAAGUCUGAUCAAAAGCUGUCCCAGGAUUGUCUCAAGGACUAGCUCGUAGAGUCUUUGUACCUCUGGACUGGGAUUUUGAAGGACAGUCUAGAGAGGGAGGGGAGACGUGGAGCAAGGAGCAGACAACAGUGGAACAGUAGAGGACGUUUUCAGGAGAGAAUGGGCAGACUAGACUGGUGUCUCGCCACAGUCUUCAGUUGGGCAAAAUUCUUCUUCUACUGCAUCUUUCCAUUUUGGAAGCCAAGGAAAAGCAAUACGAAGCCAGAGGAGGUGGAGGCUCUUCAUUCCCAUACGUUUCGGGUGAAGACUUUCAAGAAGACCAAGCACUGCAGCGUCUGUAAGCAGACCAUCAUCCAGGACGGACUCAUCUGCAGAGUGUGCCGCAUAGCUUGCCACAAGAAAUGUGAAGUCAAGGUGUCUUCAUCUUGUGUUCCAGCGACAAACUACGAGCUGGCGCCGAGCAGUGACCUCCCUCUCAAACAUGUAGACACCAUGGGCUCUACAAAAUCGUCAAAGAGCAUGGAGUCACGACGCAGACCAUCAAGGAGUGUGAGUCUGCUGCAGGCCCUGGAGGAGAACUAUGAGCUGGACCUGAUCUACAUCACAGAGAGGAUCAUCUCAGUCUCCUUUCCCAGCAGUGUGGAGGAGCAGAGCUACGCUGCCAACCUGAGGGAGGUCGCCUCCAUGCUGCGCUCCAAACACGGCCACAACUACCUGCUCUUCAACCUCAGUGAGAAACGAUAUGACAUCAGCCAACUUAAUCCAAAGGUGUUGGACUUUGGCUGGCCUGACCACCACGCUCCAGCUCUGGACAAAAUCUGCAGCAUCUGCAAGGCCAUGGACACGUGGCUGAGUGCGGACAGCCACAACGUGGUGGUGAUACACAACAAGGGCAACCGUGGCAGAACUGGCGUGGUGGUGGCGGCCUACAUGCAUUACAGCAACAUAUCUGCCAGUGCUGACCAGGCUCUGGACAGGUUUGCCAUGAAGCGCUUCUAUGAAGAUAAAGUGCUUCCUGUGGGCCAGCCAUCUCAGAAAAGGUAUGUGGAGUACUUCAGCGGUUUGCUCUCUGGACACAUCAAGAUCAACAACAAACCCCUGUUCCUCCAUCACGUCAUCAUGCACGGCAUACCCAACUUCGAGUCUAAAGGAGGUUGUCGUCCUUUUCUCAAAAUCUACCAAGCCAUGCAGCCCGUCUACACAUCUGGGAUCUACAAUGUUCAAGGUGACAGCCAGACAAGCAUCUGUAUAACCAUUGAGCCUGGUCUUCUUCUGAAGGGGGACAUCCUGCUCAAGUGCUACCACAAACGUUACCGCAGCCCAUGCAGAGAUGUGAUAUUCAGGGUGCAGUUCCACACCUGUGCUGUUCAUGACCUGGGGAUCGUCUUCGGGAAAGAUGAGCUUGAUGAGACUUUCAAAGAUGACAGGUUUCCAGAAUAUGGAAAAGUUGAGUUUAUUUUCUCCUUUGGACCAGAGAAAAUACAUGGUCAAGGUAUGGACCACCUGGAGAACGGGCCGAGUGUCUCGGUUGACUACAAUACACAGGAUCCCCUGAUCCGCUGGGACUCAUACGAAAACUUCAAUCAGAACUGUGAAGAUGCCACAGAUGGUGAGAAUGAAGUCAUCCAUACCCAGGGGCCCUUGGACGGCAGCCUUUACGCCAAAGUUCGCAAAAAGGAUUCUGUUGACGGAACAGUCACAUCAAACGGCCUUCCGCCCACUGCUGUCGAACACGCUCUACCUGCAGUUGACCAUGCCUUGUCAGUGAGCAGCGACUCAGGAAAUUCUACUGCCUCCAUCAAAACUGAUCGAACUGAUGAAGCGACAACAGCUCCUCAGGCUUCCACGGUGAGCCAAACACACAUUCCUGUGGGGGAGGAGUUACCCUCAGUCCAUCACCACGCCCCACCUGCCCAACAACCCAUCAGUCCCCAAGAGAAAAAGGAGCUAGAGCAGCUGCUGAGUGGCUUGGAGGGGCCCAUGCACCGACAGGCCUACCUUUCCACCCCAACAUCUGCUGUUGGAGGGAUGCUUCACCUUGUGCCUGCGCAGGUCCAUGUUAAUGGGCACAGUGCCAUUGACCGAGAAACUGACAUUUUAGAUGAUGAGCUGCCUACAAGUCAAGAGGGCAACAGUGUGGACAGUCUUGGGACAUUCUCCUCCACAGAUGGUCGUGCUACACCGGCGGAUCUUUACUACCAGUCUGAGUCACACAUCAAUGGCCAGGACCAUGUGCCAUAUCUGGAGCGCAGUGUCCCAGAAAAGCCGCUGGAAACCAUCCAACCACACUUUGGCAUAUCUGACAAACCUGUCACUUUGAUCCAAAGUGAUUUAAUCCCAUCCUCGGGUAAUUGCAUGGCAACCCAGAAUGGCAGUCUGUACCGCUCUCAGUCGUUUGGUGCAGAGCCAAAGUCUAUGCCACCAGCCCCCACCCGCACCACUAGUAGCAGAGAUGCUGUCCAGCGUGGUCUCAAUGUCUGGCAGCGAUUCGGUGUACCUGAGGAGCCGGUAACUGAAGGCCUAACAUUCAGUCCACCACCUGCUGUAGCAGUGUUGCCCAGUCACCACAGCCUGCCACAGUUCCCUCAUCGCCACAGCGCCUCCCAGCAAGAGAUUGAGCAAUCUAUUGAAACCCUCAAUCUCCUCAUGUUGGACCUGGAACCAGGUCGUUCGGUUGUGACAAAAUCCCAAAGUGCUCCAUUACAGGACAACAGUGUUGUGGUGACCACCCAGCCAUCCUUUUCCCAGAGCCAAACCAGACCCUCCUACCAGGCUGAUGCUGCCAUUCAUACCCACUUUUCUGGACCAGUGUCAAACCUGUCCAGUCACUUGACACCAUCCCAGAUGUCACCGGGAAAGCCUAGUACACCAGAGCCUGUACCUGUCCAUGGAUCUCUGAAUUACAGUUCUGAAACAGCUGGAACCAGCACUCCCUUACAAGCGUCCCCUGCUGUAAGUGGCCAUCUUCAGCUCAAGUCCAUUAACAACUACCCACCUGCCACACAGCCGGCAGAGGCCUCUGAGUACCAGAGAAGCCCUACUGCUGCCUCAGCAUCACAGCAGCCAAGAGACAGUGAGCCAGAUGAAGUGUUCAACGUUGAAGGUCUGGUGGCCCAAAGAGUUGCUGGUGUCCAAGCCCGUGCAAUGUCCUUGGAUGAGCCUGCAACUCUUCCCCGCCGUCGCAUCACCAGUGAGGGCCAGCAACAGAAUGGUCCGGAGGACAAUCUGUCUUCUGAAGUCCCAGUUCGCUCCCCCAUUCGCUGUGUUUCUCCAGAGUUUGUCAACGCCAUAGCGCUGAACCCUGGAGGACGACCCAAGGAGAGGAACAUGCACAGCUACCGAGAGGCCUUUGAGGAAAUGGAAGGAGGUCUUAUAGGUCCCACACCAACAGUUGGUGGUGAGGCGUUUCCCCAAACCCCUGCCUUCCCCAUCUCGCCGCAAACCCCUUACUUCAACCUGUGUCGGUCCCCUCCUGGUCUCGCCAAGACUCCACUGUCAGCUCUGGGUUUGAAGCCCCACAACCCAGCAGAGAUUCUGCUCAAUCAAACAGGCACAGAUGAUGAGAGCAGUGAGGGUGAGGAAGCCCCAAGAAGCUAUGUAGAGUCUGUGGCGAGGUCAGCGCAGACAGGAGGAGAGCUGCCUGCAUCACCUCGGAGCCUUAGCCCACCAGUAGAGACCACAAGCCAGCAGGGAAGUACAAGUCCUACCACCCACACACUGAACCCUCCUUUGUCCAGCAGCAGUCCCAUCCAGAGCUCACAGGGUGAUCACCCCUUACCAGAGAGCAGUGUUAGCACUCCGUCCCAACCCACUACUGAUUCUGGGUUCCGCUCCCAGGCUACAGAGAGUGCCUACCCGACUCCCACCCCAUCAUAUCAAGGCCUGAACACUCCCACUUCUUCCUACCUGGAUUCCAGCUCUCCAGCCUCUUCCUACCUUGGCGCUACUACCCCCACACUGUCCUACCUUGGUCCUAACACCGUCUUGGGGAGCUAUGUAACCUCAGAUCCUAGCCCACCCAACUCAGAACCCCCUCAGACCACACUCAGCCAUGGAAGUCCUCAUGCACAACGCCAGACCAACAUCCUUGGCUCCACACAGAGUCCCGUCUCCCAGCAGCUCAGAUCUGCAAGUCCAGAUCGUCCCGUUAUGGGCCAGCAAAUGUCACCAGCUAAUGGUUUUGAAGUGGGCAUGCCAGGUGUCGCCGGGAGUCCCAUCCUUGGUCGUCGUCUGUCUCAGGGAGGUCAGAGCAGUCCAGUCCUCAGCAGACAGGCCUUUUUGGGACAGGGGUCUCAGCAAAGCCCAGUUCUGAGCAGACAGCCGUCCCUGGGUCAGCCUAUUCAGAGCAGCCCAGUGCUCAGCCGACAGCCAUCCCUCACGCACCCUCAAGGCAGUCCAGUGUUGGGCCGUCACCCAUCUGUUUCUCAGAUGUCGCAGAGAAGCCCCAGUUUAGACCGUCACCCCAUGCACAGCGGUUACACCACGCCAGAUGAAAGACAUGGCAACCUGUCACGACAGAGCAGCUCUUCUGGCUACCAGGGACCUCCCACUCCCUCCUUCCCCAUCUCACCUGCAGGCUACCAGGAUGGGGGUAUGAUGGGAACAGGUAUGGGUGUCAGGCAGGGGAGCCCAGCCCCUGGUUUCCAACCCCAGCUACCAGAGAAGAGGCGCAUGUCAAGCGGCGAUAGACCAAAUGGAGCGCCGUCCUAUGGCACGCUGAAUGGGAAGAUAAUGUCCCCAAUGAGUGGAGGAAGCACUCCCAGCUACUUCCACACCCUCUCUGACUUCUCACGGUUCAACAUGCCUGAUGGAAGCCCCGAGAGCAGGCUGAAUGUCAAGUUUGUUCAAGACACGUCCAAAUUCUGGUACAAGCCAGACAUUUCCAGGGAACAAGCUAUCAACCUGCUGAGAGAGAGGGAGCCUGGAGCCUUUGUUAUCCGGGACAGUCAUUCGUUCAGAGGGGCGUAUGGUUUGGCUAUGAAGGUGGCCUCUCCUCCACCCUCCGCACAUCAGAGCAAGAAAGGUGACAUCACCAAUGAACUGGUGAGGCACUUCCUGAUUGAGAGCAGCCCUAAAGGAGUGAAGCUGAAAGGUUGCCCCAACGAGCCGUACUUCGGUUGUCUCUCUGCAUUGGUCUACCAACAUGCUAUCACACCACUGGCCCUGCCCUGCAAACUACUCAUCCCCACCACAGAUCUCAUUGAGGAAGCACCGGAGGUCGUACCAACAAACCCACUGACUGAAAGGCUGAAACAAGGAGCAGUGCAGAGGGCCCCUGCUGAUUCCCAUGCAUGCAAUGUCCUCUACAUCAACUCAGUGGAGAUGGAAUCCCUGACGGGCCCUCAGGCUGUUGCCAAGGCCAUAUCUGAGACACUGGCUGCUGCUUCUCCACCUACUGCCACCGUCGUGCACUUCAAGGUGUCUUCACAAGGCAUCACGCUCACUGACAACCAGAGGAAGCUUUUCUUCCGACGCCACUACCCUACCAACACUGUCACAUUCUGCGAUAUCGACCCUCAGGACAGAAAAUGGAGCAAGCCUGAGGGUGUUUCAGCCAAGAUGUUUGGGUUUGUGGCGCGUAAGCAGGGAAGCACAACAGACAACGUCAGCCACCUCUUCGCUGAGCUGGACCCAGACCAGCCUGCCAGCGCCAUCGUCAACUUCGUCUCGAAGAUGAUCGCCGCGCAGAAGCGAUGAGGGCUGUCAGCAAAAAAACAAACCCUGGCGCUUUUUUUAAAAAACUGACUUUGGUUAUUUUCUUUCCUUUUAACCACAGACACUUUCUGUUUUGGACAAUUUAGCAUUUGGUUUUACACGUCACCUUAUUUUUCCUGCUCUUUUACAUUUAAGCAGACGUGUGUGUGUGUGUGUCUGUGUGUGCGGUUGUGGAUGGAAGAAAAUGAAAGAGAACGCGACAGAGAGUGUGCAGUGUGCAGUGUGCUUGUGCGGCUUGCAUGCAUGUGCUUUUAUUCUUGGACGGACUCCAGAACGGACCAGAGGAAGUGCAGGAUGGGGUGUGGCUGUGUGUGACAGCGGGACGGGAGGUGAUUGAAUCUCCCUGGCAGGGUAACUCAUGAACAGGAAGGGGGAAUGACAUUGUGCGUGCAAAUGUUAUUUUUUUUAGUGAUUGUUUCAUUUUUGUUUUUUUAAAAAAAGAAGAAGUCAAGUAGUGUGACGAAAAGGUGGAUUGUAAAUCUAUCAGGCUUUUGACUGGUCAACCAAAGAUUUUAAAAAAGUAGUCAGGGCGUGUAUAGUGUGCCACUGUCGGAGGGUUGGAAGUAUUCUUUUGUAAAACAAAUAUGGCUGCUUAAUCAAAAAUACUGUUAAAACUAUUUCACUCUGUAUGUACUGAUACUGUAGGUCAAUUCUGCACCUACGCCACCUUGCAAAAAGUCUUGUUGGACGCUUUUGCAGCUGGUGAGGUCUGUGUAAAUAUUCUAGAUUGCUUUUUGAGUAGGACUGUUAUAGAUGACAUUUGGUGCCUGACUUUGUUUCCUAAAUGCAGAGCUUUUUAAGAAAAAGAACAUCAAACUCAUCCACGCUGUCUUAAAUAUGCAACUAGCCAAACUUGUUAAUUAGUUUGUUCUCCAGGUCCUUCCCUGCUCAGUGUAGUAGCGUAGCUAAAGACGCAACUGGUGUUGUUCCUCUGAAAUGUAGCUAGAAUCUGAAGAUAUCGGCUAAAUCUCAACAGUGAGGAGGCCACUGAAACAUUGCAUCCACACCGUCUCGCGAUUGUUUCUAUCAGACAAGCAAAGAGGAGUCCCUGUUUGCCACCAUCCUCUGUUCAGUCUCAUAGCCACAGUGUGUUACUCAUGACUGAAGGGCCGAGAGUACAUUUGUGAGGACAAUCUUUCUAGAAAGGUCUUGUCCUACUAUACUGCUCUUCAGUUUUCUCUGUUGAAAGUUUCCGUCAAUAGAAAGAAGCUCUUUGCGUCAGCCAGCCAAAACUGUUAACACUCAACCUACCCAAAAGUAAGCUAUACAUAUAAAUAUACAUAUAUAGAAAUAUAUAUAUAUAUAUAUAAACUUCCAAACAGUGACUUAAGAUAUUUAUUUUUUUGCUUUGUUGCUCUAUGUUAUCUUGUAUACAUGUAUUAUAAAGUAUACAUCAAGAUUACUGAAAGCGAGAAGAGAAGAUUGCUUUUAUUUUGGCUAAAGUCAAGUGCGUUGACGUAUAUAAGGUGUAAAGUGUGUGCAUUUAAAGAUGUAUCACUGUUUUUGAAUGUUUUUUCACAGCAUUAUGUUCUUUUGUUAACAUUCUUGUUUUCUUGGGGAGCCUUUUUGAUUUUUUUUUUUUAGAGAGAGGAAAUAUUUUGUAUGAAAGAUUGUUGUUACUUAAGUCCAAAUUGGAGUUAUCCUAAAGUUAUGCCAACACAAUUGUUUUAUUAACUUAAACCUGCCUAGAAAAUACAUUGUCCAAGUUUAGCACUUAAAUGUUGAAGUAUUAUCCGUGUGUUUCUACUUGUCAGAAGAGAAGUUUUGGAUCUUGACAGGCCCAUUUCAUGUCAUUGCAUGCGUAGCUGCAGACUUACUAGUUCCUUAAGUGAAAUCCCACAUGGCCUCAGAAUAGCUCUGGAGUUUGUGGUGGGAAAGCCAAGUUAGUGCAGUAAGUAGCUGCUGCCCUCAUGUGGUGUAGAAAAAUCACUACAAAGAAGCCACUUCUAUUCUAAUACAGUGUUUUAGCUGUGUUUAUGCCACGUCGGACGUUUGAGUUCAAAUAAAUUCAUCACUGAGGAAACAAACUUUAAAAGAACUGUAAUGGUAAUAGCAAUAUCAUUGUCUUGACAAAUUAGUUUUGCUUUUGCAUUUUAAAUCCUAGUCGAGGAAUGAGCAGUUUAAAUGACACAUCCCUCAUAUAACCCUGAUGCAGAAGAACUGGCUGCCAGCAUGAUGUAAAAUAAACAAGGGUUAGUUUGGGCUCCUACAUUAACUCAAAUGUAUCUCUUUAAAAAAACACAGCACUUACAGGGCUUUUAUAUUUGACUAGAAUGUUCCAUUAUUUAUUAGCAGGAGCUUGCAUGCUCAAAUUAAAUGGUAACCUUAACGCUGCUGCCUAAUCUGUACACAAGUCUUAUUCAAAGCAGCCUUUUCUUGAAAGAUGCCCAUAGGUAGUUAUUGGGACUGUGUCUACUCAGCUUGUAAGAAGAAAAACAAACACUAUAUUUUUGCCUACAAAAUGCUUGUUGGGCUAAAAGGACUUCCUAAACUUCAAACUGAAUGUUAGCCAUUUGUUUGCCAAGAUGGAAACUCCAGUGGCAUCUGCCCACUUUGACAGAUCUGUCUGGACUGUAGAAUGUGUGUGAAUGAGCUACUAUGCCUGUAUAGAGCUUUGUCAUUUCUGGUUUGCUAAAUUGUAUGGCUUUUAUUAUUUCUGAUGGAAAAAAAAACACAUUAAAAAGCAGUACAAAUCAAA